AUGGCUUCCUCAAGUGCCUCUUCUUAUUCCUUACGUCAAAAAAUGGGCGAACAUCAUGAAAGAAGCCUCCAACAAGAAAUGAUCAUGGGAAUCUACCAACCAGUUACGCAUGUGGUUGAUAAGGCUGACAUAGACUUGGACCAGAGAACUAUAGAAGGUCGACUGGCAUUGGGAACCUCCGAAGGAACGGACCAAGCCCAAAAAGUGUUUGAAAAGGGAGCCUAUUCCAAGCCCUAUGCAUAUUUGACACUCUCCCCUGCUUUGACUGCCAUUGUCCCCGUGGGUACCAACGUCACUGGCCAAACCGCAAACGGUGUGGAAAUCCGAGGAACUACCUACGAGAUGGAUGCCCAAGUGGGAGAUACUCCGUUGCUGGUACGGUAUUCAUCUGAGAACAAUCAGCAGUGCCUUGUAGGAGGAAACCCCAAUCCAAAUACUACUGGGUGUUUUGCUGAAUCGGGAACAAUAUCCAUUGGCGGGGGCCCACCGCAUUCGUACUCGUAUCGUCCACUCGAGGACAAUUACAAUGGCCGAAAUUUCCAAAAGUGGAGCAUUGAAGCAAAGAAGAAAAUGUACUCGUGUGACACGGGAUGUCCCUUUGCAACAUACAACAAAUUCUAUCAAUACUACAACUCAUUUGAUUACGCGAACCAGUGGGUAACGGCAGCCUUUGCUGGGAACUCGACAUCGUUUGCGAAUGGCAAUGCAGACUUCAGCAAGCUGGGAUUGGAAGGAAGGGCAGCGGCCAUUCGGUAUGGAAAUGUGUACAUGAAUGUCUGGAUGCAUGUCAUUAAGAAAAUGCAAGGGGGCAUCAACAUCUGCGAGACGACGUGUUCGCCAGGUUCUUGCAGCAAUGACACUGCUCAUGAAUUUGACCAGGCAGCGGCGUACUACACUGGAUCCGAACCAUUAGCUAACGCGAAAGUCGACGGAUACAUGCUCUAUGCUUUGGCCCAAGUGGAGUGCAAGAAGUUUGGCACCUGUCUCAACAAUGGAAUGGCAAGAGCAAACUUUCAGAUAUACAGUUUGCUUGAAGAGGGCAAAAACUACCUUCUGCAGGGCAACUGCACUGGGGCCAAGCUGCAGAAGGAGCGCAUCACAGCACUCAUGGCAAUUCCGCUUGUUCAAGGGACGCUGCGAACAGCCUAUGCUUUGGACGUACAGUACAAUCGUCAAGAAACAACACAGGGGCAAGCGGCUGCCUUUGCUGCAGCCGUGCUGCCGAUUCUCCAUGCUUGCAGUGCUCCUCGUGCUCUCCAAGUGUACAUUGAUUUAGCCGUGGGGAGCGGAAACAGUGUGAGCUAUGAAGUGAUCAAAGACGCAUUGGAGAAAACAUACGAUUGCUUGCAAAUAUCUUGCCACGAUGUCGGAGGGCUGUUGGAUCCGGUUGGCAACGGUUUGUACCUAAAGGGCGCCGCACCUUGUGAUUUCACAGGACCCACGAGCGCAUCCACAGGCUCGAGUCAAUAUAAUGUCCCCACUGGGACACAAUCCACAGGCUCGAGUCAAUCUUCUUCUUCGUCCACCACUUCGACAAGUAGCAGCAGCGGCGGCAGCGCGGUGUCUGCUUCUCACAAGAGAACUGAUGGAGGCGACGCAAAUGUUGGAUUGGCCGUGGGACUCACUCUUGGACUGGCGGCGUUCAUCGUCGUUGUGGUCAUGUUGGUGACAAGGAGUAAGAACCAGGUCGAAUUUGACACGGCGGUCGACGGAACAGUGGCUGAAGAGCUCGAAAUGUCCGGACCAGUAUCAGCAUAA